AUGGGAUUGCUCCAUUGGUUGAUUGAUUGAAGAUGCUCUGCUAUUCCUUCUUUCCUCUGCCUUUCUUGCUGUUUGAACGUAGCGUUGUGUAAUCUCACUAAGAAUCUUUAGAAGGAGAAAAAUCUGCUUUCCUUUUCCUUGAUUGAAGUUUUUAAGCUUGAAUUUGUGAAUAUUCCUUACAGUGAUAUUGAAAUUGUAGUGAUUCAUGUUCUUCUUUUGUUUCUCAUGUGAUUUUGGUUUGCUGAUUUUAGGUUAACAGAACAGAAGAAAUUCCUUUCAGGUUGAACUUUAUCUGGAAUUUGUAGGUCUGAUCUUCAUUGAUGGUUAACUCAAUGCAUUACAGACUGGUAUUCGGAUCUAUUUGUAGCGAUGAUGAUAUCUUACAUAAACCGACUCCAUUUUUUAAGGCUUAGUGAUUUAGGAUCUAGCAGUCCAAUUUAGAUUCUUAUUAGUGUUUCUGCCGGUUUCUUUGAACCCUAGAUUAGAGAAAUUGUAAAAACUUGAAAUCAUGGACAACAGAAGAAAAGAUUGUGCUUGUUUGGAUCUCUUAGGGGGUAGAGAUUCUAAAACAGAAAGAAUUAAUGGCCCGGGGAAUCAUACUGAUCAUGGAGAAUCAGUGUCAGAGACUAUCCAUGAUCAGGAAGCGUUGGUCUCGGACUCCGAAAGUUGCACUACCAGCCCAUUUCCAAGGAAGUUUGAUUGUUUAGGCGACGGCCAGAUACUGCUGGAAGAGGGAGAUAAAGAUUAUAGUUUUGUCAAGCGCAUCUUCCUUGCUGGCAUGGGCAGUCUUGCAAAGAACACUAGCGUCGAGGCCAUACAUAGAAACCAGCAUUCAAGUUUCUUGGGGAAAUCCCGGUUGCAAACAUUCCGAAUUUAUUCAGAGGCUAUGAUGAAGAAGUGUGGAGACAAUAUCAAUAUGAGGUUCGCUUGGUAUGGUGCUUCUAAGGAUGAUAUUUGUGGGAUUCUACAGCAUGGUUUUGGUCAGUAUGAAACGCCUGAAAAUGGUGGAUUGUAUGGCUAUGGUCUCUAUCUUUCUCCUGCAGGCUCUUCAGUUAACAGUGUGGCAUCUUCAAAUGCCGACGAGAAUGGGUUGAGGCAUGUAUUGUUUUGUCGAGUGAUAUUGGGAAACCUGGAGGAGGUUCUUCCUGGUUCAAGACAGUUCCAUCCAAGCUCUGAGGAGUUCGAUUCUGGUGUAGAUAAUCAGUCAUCUCCCAAGAAAUACAUUGUCUGGAGUACGCACAUGAACACUCAUAUCUUACCAGAAUACACCAUAAGCUUCAGGUUGCCUUCUCUUACCACCAGAGGAUUUCGAAGGACGCGAGAGCCUUUGAGGAAACCCAGCUCAGCUUGGAUGCCGUUUCCCAAGUUGAUAACCAUGCUGUCGGGGUCCUUGCCCUCCUCUACAAUCAGCUUGAUUAAAAGACACCACAAUGACUACAUGGAAAAGAAAAUCACGCGGGAGUAUCUUAUACAGCGAGUGAGACAGUUAGCAGGAGACAAGCUGCUGGUAGCGGCUAUUAGAUCUUUUCGAGGGAAGGUAAUGGAAUAGAGGCGUUUUAUUCAAGGUCACUGGAAUUGUAGAUUGUAAUCCAUCCAAUUCACAAACGUUCUUUGAAUGCAAUGUUAUUAAAGGAAUUGAUGGUA